GAAAGAAAGAAGCUCUCCUCUCUCCAUCGGUACAACAAGAUCGAGAUGGUGCCUGCAGCUGGUGGCGCUGGUGGCACGAAUAAUGUUAAUGGUGCUAAUGGUGGCGCUGGUGGCACGAACAAUGUUUCCGGUGCUGCUGCACCGCUGGCCGAUUCUUGCCGCAAGCCGCAGCAGCAGCUGCCAACGGUGAAACAUCAGUAUGCGGAACAAUACGAGUAUGCAUACCCAGCAGCACCGCCAUACAGCGGCCCUCCAAAGCCGCCGCCGGCGUAUCGCUAUUGCUAUGGGUAUGGUGGACGUGGUUCUGGUGGGUACGGCUACAGCUACGACUACCCCGAGCCCGAUGGUAUUUGGGAUGAACCUGAUGGUGCAUACGGCGGCGGCAGAUACCACCCACCACAGCCGCCGUAUUAUCAUGGCGGCGGUCGUGGUGGGUAUCCUUCUCCUCAGUUUGGUCGGGGAGUUGGUGCUGGUGGCUAUAGCUGCUACGGCGGUGGCGGUGGCGGCUAUCCUCCCAGUUCAUUUCCGUCUGUAGGAGGAGGAGGCGGCGGCUGUGAUGGUGGGGUCAGCAACGCUUACGGAGGGCCGCCGCAGGAGAAGCCGCGGAUGAGCGUCGGGUGGGUAGCCGCCGGGGGUGCUACCGCCUAUGGAGGGUACCAGCACCACAUGGGCGGUCGUGGUGGGUAUGGUGGAGCUGGUGCUGGUGGCUAUAGCUACCACGGCGGUGGCGGCGGCGGCGGCUGUGGUUAUCCUCCGACUGCAGGAGGAGGAGGCGGCGGCGGUCAUGGGGUCAGCAACCCCUAUGGAGGGCCGCCGCAGCAGAAGCCGCACAUGAGCGCGGGGUGGCUAGCCGCCGGAGCUGCUACCGCCUACCACGGAGGAGGAGGGCAUGGGUACAGGCAUGGGCACGGAGGAUACGACGACGGCUGUACUUGUUGCGGCGACGGUUACGGUUAUGGCUGCCGUGGUUGUGCCCCCCAUAUGCAUAUGCGAGGCGAGUUCGAGCACCAAGAGCACACCAAUAUCAAAUACACUGUUCAUCCCGACGGUAAGUGCAAUGACGCUGCCAGCGGCCCGCCCGUUACAGUGUUGGACAAAUGUGCCAGCCAACCAACAAGCGGGGUUUAAUAUGGACGGACUCCAAGCUCAUCACUGUACGGUAUGUACACUACUCGAUGAGCCUCGAUCAUCAUACCAGAUGAAUGCCUUAUACUCAUCCGUCAUGUACGUCCUAAACAUUACAUAUAUGUAUCUUGUGUUAGGGAAUAAAACUAUAUGUACGUACUUAUAUGUAAUGUAAGCCAGGAGGCUACCAAACGGCGUUCUGGCGUUUUGUGUACGAGCGCUACUGUGGCCGUGCGAGCCAUCACAUGGUUUGUCAUGCUAACAAGCACAUGGAACUGAAUGACGACCUUAUAUUGAUUGA